CUCAUUAUGCAAACGGAGUUGAUCAGUAAUGAUUAAAAAGAGCCGUGCCUCUGCAUUCAACAGGCUUCUUGAUUGUCUUGAUGAUUAAUGGCCGACAAACUGUUAAAAGUCCUUUCACUGAAUCUUUUGUGCUUCACGUUAUAAAUUAGGUGACAUUUCACAGUCGCAGUAGUACUUACUUUUUGUCUUCCAGGGCAGAAGAUCUUCCUACAUCUUCCUUUAGCUCCAGGACUGUUGUUCACCAACACCAGCAGCCAAAAUAAGCAUGAAUGUACAUCUGAGAGUUGGAGAUCGGCUGAAAGUGAAGGGGGAAAUUAUGCAUGAUGCUGAGAGAUUCCAGAUCGACCUCGGCAGUGGUGCAGACGACCUGGGACUGCACUUUAACCCUCGUUUCCACGAUGACGACGAUGGAGCUGUUCUCGUGUGCAACUCAAAGACUGACGGUUCCUGGGGCGAUGAGAAACGUGAAAUACAUAACCCACUACAGAGGGGCACAGAUGUCAAGCUUGUGUUGAAGCUGGUUGGAGACAUGUUUGAAGUGGAGCUUCCUAAUGGACAGGAAGUCCAGUUCCCUAACCGUCACAACAUGGACGUCAUCAGCUACAUUAAAAUCGUUGGGGACUUCAACCUGACUUCCUUCAAGAUAUGCUAAGAGAUGAAACUGCUGUAACACAUGAAUACUGCGUGUAUCAGUUUGGUUAAAGACGAGACUUUAAGACUUGGUCGGUUAUUGUUAGACAUAUAAAUCAGAUGUAGAUCUUCAGUGAAUUGGAAAUGUAUCUUUAUUUAAAAAUGCUGUUGUUAACAAGAAUAUACAAUGUUUAAAUCCAAAUGAU